CUUUGCGCCCUUUCUUGCUCGCCUAUGAUCUGAAAAUACGAGCAUUGCCAUGGGCCAUGAAUCCAACAUCGAGGUGGCUGAGCAAUCACAUCCUGUGGGGAUUGAGUCCAUGGAGAUUCCCCUGGACCCAGAGUUGGUGCGAGGGGUUCCCCUGCGCUUUUGCCUUCAUGGGCUGGGGAAGUACUGGAGCAUGACUCGAAAAGCAGACUUCGAUCUCAGCGAAAAGACGGAUCACAUCGACCACUUCUUGAGUCAUGAUUGGGGCACCUCACGAAGUCUGAAGGUGAUGACCUUAUUGAUCGUCUUCAAUAGCUGUGCAGCUGCAGUCGCCACCUCCCUGGUGGUGCUGCUGCUCUCCAUCACCGCCUCAACUGGCCUCAUUCCGCCAAAGCUGUGGCCUUGGCUGCCACUGCCGGGCUUCCUUUGCUAUGUGAGCAUCCUCCUUUUUUGGCAGGAUGUGCGUUUGCUGUGCCGUCGGCCGCUGUUGGCCUUCCUGGAUAAGCUUUGUAUUGCACAGCAUGAUUUGCACUUGAAGGAGCAAGGCAUCCGCGGCUUGGGGAGCUUUCUCAGAUGCUCCAGGAAUCUCAACAUCUUGUGGUCUGAGAGGUAUUUCUCCCGCUUGUGGUGCUGCUAUGAAGUCGCGGCCUACUUGAAAGAAGGUGGUUUUCGUAAGCCUGCUGUUAAUGGUUCAAUCCUGCCGUUUGGUGGAUGCUUUUUGCCCUUUACAGCUCACACCUCUCAGACGCGCGUUGCUGUCGGUGUUUCUGAGCCCGGUGAUUUGGGGCGCCUUGAGCUACGGCCUUUGGGAGCCUUUGGUGGCGGAUUUGCUGGAAGGCAUUGAAGGUGAACAGAUCCUGAAGCUUAUGAUCUAUUUCACCUAUUGGGCCAUCACACUGGCCUUUUUCUGCCUUCCAACCUUCGAGAUCUUCGAGCAAAAAGCCUCAGGAGACCGAGACCGCUCUCGUCGAACAGAGGGGCGUGAGGUCAACGUCUUGGGAUGCAAGGAAGUUCAGGAGCUUCCGCUGGAGGAAGACUACGUCUCUGAAUACUUCUGAGCUCCACACUUCUUCGAGGCCCUCUCAGAUGCCGACUCUGACUCUGUGAGAACACGGAUCUAGGUCUGUGAGGCAAAGUUUUUUGAAGAACUCUGGAUGUGUCUUCUGACCAAGUCAAGAAAGCUCCGCACUGCAAUAACC